AUGUUCCGCCGGACGUACACGGCCGUGGGGCCGAGCUACUCCUCGUCCGUCCUCAACUGCCUGAAGGGUCUGGACCAGUGGUGCUUUGACGUUUUCUCCCUGCACCGAGCGGCCGAGGAGCACUCGCUGCGCACGGUGGUGUUCGAGCUGCUGAGCCGCCACGGCCUCAACAGCCGCUUCAAGAUCCCAGGCGCGUUCCUGACGUCGCUGCUCGAGGCUCUGGAGAGCGGCUACGGAAAGUUCCGGAACCCGUACCACAACCAGGUGCACGCGGCCGACGUCACCCAGACCGUGCACAGCGUCCUGCUGAGGACUGGCAUGCUGCACUGUCUCUCUGAGAUCGAGCUCCUCGCCAUCGUCUUCGCCGCCGCCAUCUUCCACAUCCAGACCAAGUCGGACACCGCCAUCCUGUACAACGACCGCUCGGUGCUGGAGAAUCACCACAUCAGCGCCGUGUUCCGCCUGAUGCAGGACGACGAGCUCAACAUCUUCGUCAACCUCACCAAGGACGAGUUCGCGGAGCUGCGGGCGCUGGUCAUCGACAUGGUCCUGGCCACCGACAUGUCCUGCCACUUCCAGCAGGUCAAAUCCAUGAAGACGGCGCUGCAGCAGCUGGAGAGGCUGGACAAGUCCAAGGUGCUGUCGCUGCUGCUGCACGCGGCCGAUAUCAGCCACCCCACCAAGCAGUGGGCCGUGCACAGCCGCUGGACCAAGGCGCUCAUGGAGGAGUUCUUCCGGCAGGGGGACAAGGAGGCCGAGCUGGGGUUGCCCUUCUCGCCCCUCUGCGACCGCACCUCCACUCUGGUGGCCCAAUCGCAGAUCGGGUUCAUCGACUUCAUCGUGGAGCCGACGUUCUCGGUGCUCACCGACGUGGCCGAGAAGUUGGUGACACCGCUGGCCGAGGACGGCUCCAAGGCCAAGGGCAACCCCGGGGCCACCCAGCAGCCCAGCUCGCAGUGGCGGCAGCCGUCCCUGGAUGAGCACCUGGAGCACCUGGGGGACAUCAAAGCCGACCUGGCCGGGUUCCGCUCCACCUGGACCAAGCACAUCCAGGAGAACAAGCAGAAGUGGAAGGAGAGGGCGGCCAGCGGCAUCACCAACCAGGCGUCCAUCGAUGAAUUGUCACCGUGCGAGGAGCCCGCGGCCACCGCGCCACACAGCGAGAACGGGGACGUGGAAUAA